CAUUCCAUCAUGGCUGGUGGUGCUGCGAGUAGUGUUUUCAUGCUAAAACUCAGCGGACAAAUCGAAACUGCAGAGUUUCCAGAGUUUGAUGAUCUUUGGUGUAAAUACUGCUUCGUUUAUGGACAAGAUUGGGUCAUAACAUCUGGUCUCGAGGAGGGAAUCACCCAAUCAACCAAGAAAAGCAGAGAUGACAGACAAAUCAACGUUCUCAAUUUUCCAGUUGAUGUAUCAUUUAAAAGUACUAAUCCAUUUGGUUGGCCACAGCUGGUUAUUCAUGCCUUUGGUAUCGAUGUCUUUGGGAAUGAUGUGGUGAGAGGAUAUGGUGCUGUUCAUGUACCAUGUGUACCUGGAAAACACAAGCGUCGUAUUGCCAUGUUUGUGCCAGAAUCAACAUCAAAAUUACAGAAAUUCUCAGCCUGGAUUAUGGGGAGACGGCCAGAGUUUGUAGAUCCUCGGGUGGUUGCCCAGGGUGAGGGGAGAGAAGUUACAAGAGUGCGAUCGCAAGGCUACAUCACAAUCUCUUUCAAUGUGGUAACGAAAGAUAUGAAGAAACUAGGUUACGAAGUGAUGUCAAGUGAGAGUUCUGCCGCUCAAUUCACAGACACGUCCAUAGCCACUGGGGAUGCAGCUAGAGCAGAAAAGCUCGGAAUGACACAGUGAUAGACUUUAAGGAGCAUUCAGAGAAGCUGGCUGGCUAGUGAAUUGUAUUUGAUGCUGUGAGCAUUUUCACAGGGCUAGGAAUAACUGUAGAAUGUGGGAGACGCCUCCUUAUUUAGGACACCCUUGAACUGACAAAUGCUGUCCUUAUUUGGAGCACGAUGUGUCUUGGUUGUAAUAGAAGUGACCCAUUGGGGACUGAAUUCCCAAAAGGGUUGUGUCAUGCCAGAGAUGUCCAAUAUGGAGUAGCCCUUGUGAUGUGGUGACAUUGUGAGCUUUUGUAAUCACAACCAUGUGACUUUCUGUAAGCAGUUGUUAGUUGUAUAGCAUGAGGCAAAGCGCAGUUUUUCAUGAAGUCAAUAAAUGUUGGUGCCUUCCAAUUCAAAAACAAAUUUUGUCCGAUGAAGACAAUAGAUUAGAUUAAAAGGAGAUGUAGAUAUUAUUUAUUUGUUUUAGUCAGAUUUAGAUUGUUCAUGUACAUAAACCUGUGGCUUUUUAGCCAUUUUCUCUUAUAAAAUUUCAAAUAAAUUUGAAUGUUGUCAA